AUGGCGUUUCCGGAGCUGCUGGCGCGGCAGGCGUCCAUCCAUCCGCUCACGCUCGAUGAAUUCCAGGCGACGCUCCCGUCGCACGCCGUCGCACCCAUGCCCAUGGACGACAUCCUGCGAUCCGUCUGGCUCGCCGAGGAGUCGCACAUGCUCGCCGCCGCGCACGCCGCCGGGCGCGCGGAUCCGCGUGCGCGCGACAGGGCUGUGGGGCUGCUGCGCGCGCGCUCGCUGCGGCGGCAGAAGUCCAGUGCGGCGAUCACUCGGGUCGCUGGGAGGGCUUGGAGCGCAGGGAGGGGGUCCACUGGGGUCGCUGGGAGGGCUGCGGGGAGCAAUGGGAGCGAUGGGGGCGCAGGGAGGGGGUUCACUGGGGUCGCUGGGAGGGCUGCGGGGAGCAAUGGGAGCGAUGGGAGUGCGGGGAGCUAUGGGACCUGCCCCUCCAGUGGUGGGAUUGCCAUGGGGAUGGGCAUGGGAUGGGGCAUGGGCGGAGGCGUAUGGGCGCAGGUAUGGGCGCAGGUAUGGGCGCAGAUAUGGGCGCAGGGGGGCUGGGGCGGCUUGCUGGGGAGGCUUGCUGGGGAGGCUUGCUGGGGAGGCUUGCUGGGGAGGCUUGCUGGGGCGGGCAUGGUGGCGGCGGAUGAGGGCCCUUCUAGCCAGAACCGCGCUGCACCAUUUUGGAAGCCGCCAUCCGCACCAAGGUGGGCGCCCUGCCUCUCGGGUGUCGUCCUCCUCUCUCCCCUCCACACAUGUAUUGCGCCCCACACACCCUGCAGCCCUCCCCCCCACCGUGCAACACCGCUCCCCCGCUCUACCCGUUACCUGCCCCCCUGCGGUACCGCCAUCGUGCUUCUCUGCCAUCGUGCUUCUCUGCCACGUCACGUCUGUGAGGCGGCUCAAAAGCCCUCCCUCUCACCCCCUUCCCCACCCCUUAGCCCCCCUCUUCCCCCCUCCUGUGUCACAUGCCGUUCUCUCCUGUGUCACAUGCUGUGGUCUCCUGUGUCACAUGCUGUGCUCUCCUGUGUCACAUGCUGUGCUCUCCUGUGUCACAUGCUGUGCUCUCCUGUGUCACAUGCUGUGCUCUCCUGUGUCACAUGCUGUGCUCUCCUGCGCGUGGAGGAGGGGGCGCGCAGGGAGGAGCAACAGGCCGCUCUCAGCCUUCGGGCAAAGAGCCUGCGUGCGGUGGUGGUGUGUGUGGCAAUCACUGGCCGUGGUGUGGAUGUGCUGCUCUGCUCUUUAACUGUCUGCCACGCCAUCCACUUACUCCUCCUGUGCUACUUAAAAGCAAGCCAACCCACACGCCUCGCCCCCAACCCACUGCACUCAACCUCCCUCUCCUUGCUCCCUCUUCCCUCUCACGCCCUUCUGCCCAACUCUUUCCCGGCCUAUAACUUGCAUACUACAUGGCAUCCUGUGCUCUGUCUAGCAGGAGACACGCCUCAAAAGGAGUUUUGGGUGCGGCUUCACCUGAGAGGGCACUCUGCCUUCCACAUGGCGUCCUGA